ACGGAGGGAGACAGAGAGAGAGAGAGAACAGUGAGACCUGACAGACACAGAACGGAAGGAACUGAACCAACCCGCCAACGAGACCAAACCCCAACCCCCGCCUUGUUCAUCGUCCGAUUCCGAAGCUCCCCUCUCUCUCUCUCUCUCCCUGUCCGCUUCAUUUGUCACCAAAUCGAAGCUACUGCCGGGAGAGAGAGGAGCAGAGUGAGUGCAAUUUCGAGUUCUUCAACCCCACAAUUGGGAGUUCCCCGCAUUGACUCCUCCAAUUCCGCUGGGAUGACGCAGCCACCGCCACCGCCGCUGCCUUCGCCGCCCGCGGCCCCCGGAGUGCAGGUGCGGUGCGCGGGUUGCAGGAUGAUCCUCACGGUGGCCCCUGGGGUGACGGAAUUCGCGUGCCCUUCGUGCAAGCUCCCGCAGAUGCUGCCACCGGAGCUGAUGACAAUGAGGAACCCACCGCCGACGCACCAGCAGCAGUUGAAGCCCGCUCACGGCAUCGACCCCACCAAGAUCCAGCUGCCCUGCGCCCACUGCAAGGCCAUCCUCAAUGUCCCCCACGGCCUGGCUCGCUUCAAGUGCCCUCAGUGCGACACCGACCUCGCCGUCGAUCUCUCCAAGCUUAAGAACUUGCUGCCUCCUCCUCCGUUUCCUCCUCCCGAGGAAGUCAACGAGAUGGCAAUUGAAGUUGAGCGAGAAGAAGAUGAAGGCGGUUUGUCGGGUGAAACUUUUACUGAUUAUCGCCCUCCUAAAUUAUCAAUCGGACCUCCUCACCCAGAUCCUAUUGUGGAGACGUCAUCCUUGUCUGCAGUCCAACCUCCUGAGCCUACAUAUAAUUUAAAAAUUAAGGAUAGUCUGGAAGCAUCAAAGGCUUUGUCAUGCUUGCAGAUUGAGACAUUGGUCUACGCUUGUCAGCGACACCAUCAACACCUCCCCAGUGGCACUAGGGCUGGAUUUUUUGUUGGAGAUGGAGCUGGAGUAGGUAAAGGUCGAACAAUGGCUGGUUUGAUAUGGGAGAAUUGGCAGCAUGGGAGGAGGAAAGCAUUGUGGAUUUCUGUUGGUUCUGAUUUGAAAUAUGAUGCGAGAAGAGAUUUGGAUGAUGUGGGUGCAACUUGUGUUGAAGUGCAUGCCUUAAACAAACUCCCUUAUUCUAAGCUUGAUUCAAAGUCUGUUGGGGUGAAGGAGGGAGUCCUGUUUCUGACGUAUAGCAGUCUUAUAGCAUCUUCUGAGAAAGGCCGUUCUCGUCUGCAGCAGCUUGUCCAAUGGGGUGGAUCAGGGUUUGAUGGUCUUGUCAUAUUUGACGAGUGUCACAAGGCUAAAAAUUUGAUACCUGAAGCUGGAAGUCAACCAACACGAACUGGUGAAGCUGUUCUUGACAUUCAGGCCCGACUUCCAGAAGGCCGUGUUGUUUACUGUUCAGCAACUGGUGCAUCUGAACCCCGGAAUAUGGGGUAUAUGGUGCGACUUGGACUUUGGGGAACUGGAACAAGUUUUUCAGAUUUUCGUGAAUUCUUAGUUGCUCUUGAGAAGGGAGGUGUUGGAGCAUUGGAACUUGUUGCUAUGGACAUGAAAGCAAGGGGGAUGUAUGUAUGCCGUACUCUAAGCUACAAAGGAGCAGAAUUUGAUAUUGUUGAAGCUCCACUUGAGGACAACAUGAUGGAGAUGUAUAAAAAGGCAGCUGAGUUUUGGGCAGAGUUACGUGUGGAGUUGCUUUCAGCGAGUGUUCUUCUUAAUGAGGAAAAACCCAAUUCCAGUCAGUUGUGGAGAGUAUAUUGGUCAAGCCAUCAGAGGUUCUUUAGACACAUGUGCAUGUCAGCAAAAGUGCCUGCGGUAGUAAGAUUAGCAAAACAAGCUUUGCAUGAAAAUAAGUGUGUGGUCAUUGGCCUUCAGAGUACUGGAGAAGCUCGAACAGAGGAAGCCGUGACGAAAUAUGGUCUUGAACUCGAUGAUUUCAUUUCGGGUCCCAGGGAGCUAUUACUGAAAUUCGUGGAGGAAAAUUAUCCUUUGCCUGAAAAGCCUGAACCUCUCACCGAUACGGGAGAGGAAAGUGUAAAGGAACUUCAAAGGAAGAGGCAUUCAGCUAGACCUGAUGUUUCACUAAAAGGGAGAGUUAGGAAAGUUGCUAAGUGGAGACCUGCAAGUGAUGAUGAAAGUGAUGACGACAUGGACUCUGAUUCUGCAAAUGAUUCCAAUGAAUCUGAUGAUGAGUUUCAGAUAUGUGAUGUCUGCAAUAUGGAAGAGGAGAGAAAGAGACUGCUCCGAUGUUCCUGCUGUGGUAAGCUAAUUCAUUCUGCGUGCGUGGUGCCUCCCGUUGAGGAUGCUGUUCCUGAAGAUUGGUCAUGCCAAUCGUGCAAAGAAAAGACUGAAGAAUAUCUCCAAGCUAGACAAGUUUAUGUCCAAGAGCUUCUGAAGAGGUAUGAAGGAGCUAUGGAACGGAAAAUGAAAAUAUUGGAGGUAAUCCGUUCACUGGACCUUCCAAAUAAUCCUUUGGAUGACAUAAUUGAUCAGCUUGGAGGCCCAGAUAAAGUCGCAGAAAUGACUGGAAGACGGGGAAUGCUUGUUAGAGCUGCAAAUGGGAGAGGUGUUAUGUAUCAGGCGAGAAACACGAAAGAUGUCACCAUGGAAAUGGUCAACAUGCACGAGAAGCAGCUCUUUAUGGAUGGCAAGAAGUUAGUUGCUAUCAUCUCUGAGGCUGGAUCUGCCGGUGUUUCUUUGCAGGCUGAUCGAAGGGCAAUAAACCAGAGAAGGAGAGUACAUUUGACGCUGGAACUUCCUUGGAGUGCUGAUCGAGCGAUUCAACAGUUUGGGAGAACACAUAGGUCAAAUCAAGCUUCUGCGCCUGAGUAUAGGCUGCUUUUUACUAAUCUUGGUGGUGAACGUCGGUUUGCAUCUAUUGUUGCCAAGAGAUUGGAGACUCUUGGAGCUUUAACACAGGGAGAUAGGAGGGCCGGACCAUCUUUGAGUGCCUAUAAUUAUGAUAGUACAUAUGGGAAGAAGGCCUUGAUGAUGAUGUAUAGAGGAAUUAUGGAGCAGGAUGCCUUGCCAGUUGUGCCCCCAGGAUGUUCGCCCGAAGAACCUGAUAAGAUCCAGAACUUCAUUCUUAAGGCAAAAGCUGCUCUAGUGUCGGUUGGAAUAGUUAGGGACACUGUCCUAGGAAAUGGAAAAGAUAAUUUUAAGUUCUCCGGCCGCAUUAUUGACUCGGACAUGCAUGAUAUUGGACGCUUCCUUAAUCGACUCUUAGGUCUGCCACCUGAGAUCCAGAAUAGGCUCUUUGAACUGUUUGUUAGCAUUUUGGAUCUUACUGUUCAAAAUGCACGGAUUGAGGGGCAUCUGGACUCGGGGAUUGUUGACAUAAGAGCUAACCUUAUAGAAUUGCAAGGAACACCAAAGACUGUUCAUGUUGAUCAGAUGUCCGGUGCAUCUACAGUAUUGUUUACCUUCACUUUGGAUCGUGGAAUCAUGUGGGAGACUGCAAGUUCCCUGCUCGACGAGCGACAAAAAGAUGGCGUUGGCUCAUCAAGUGAUGGGUUUUAUGAGUCAAAAAGAGAGUGGUUGGGAAAGCGGCACUAUGUUUUGGCAUUUGAAAGCUCUACUUCAGGAAUGUUUAAGAUAGUCCGUCCGACUGUUGGGGAGUCAGUGAGGGAAAUGCCUCUGUCAGAGCUAAAAAGCAAGUACCGAAAAUUGGCAUCUCUGGAGAAGGCUCGGAGCGGUUGGGAAGAUGAGUAUGAACUAUCAUCCAAACAGUGCAUGCACGGUCCAAAUUGUAAGCUCGGAAGCUAUUGUACAGUCGGCCGAAGACUCCAGGAAGUGAACGUACUGGGUGGUCUCAUUCUUCCUGUCUGGGGCACAAUUGAGAAGGCCCUGGCAAAGCAGGCUCGUCAAAGCCAUAAGCGGCUUCGUGUUGUACGAAUAGAAACUACCACAGACAAACAGCGUAUUGUGGGGCUCUUCAUCCCCAACUCGGCAGUCGAAUCCGUGCUACAAGACUUGGCCUGGGUUCAGGAUAUCGAAGACUGACCGGACUAACCGGGAAAUAAACACCAUGACACGCCAUCUUCAUCCCCAAUGUCUGCAAGUGUGGGGGGGAAGAUUUGUCAAUUUUUUCGUGUACCACUCGGAAAGGGACCGAUUUGCCGAAAAACAAUUCUCUGCACCGUAUAGCGGAAAUCCCGCCGCAGUUAUUUUUGCUCUGUCAGUUUGGGCGCUAAUUUUUGUAUAUUACCGAUAUAUUUCAUCGUCAGUGGAUAAGUACUUAGAAUAGGGGGAGAGAGUUUGCCCUGUGAAUCAAGGAGAUUAGUGUAGGAAUAGAUUUCAGCACAUAGCACAUUCUGACAGAUGAACUGAUAAUAAUAAUAAUAUAUAUAUAUAUAUAAAAGCUUUUUUAUUAUUUAA